AUGUUCGCUUUAAGAACAGCUGGUCGGCAGGCCUGGGGUUUGCGCAGAAGCAUCCAGCUUCGUGGUGUUGCCACAUUGGAGGGAAACUCUCAUAUUUAUGUAUUCCCCAGUGAAGGUGCAGCUGGAUCGCAUAUUUUGUCACUUUUGCCAACUGAGCCUGUCAACCAAGACUUGGCAAUUGGAAUCACAACAAAGCUGCCACCUACUACGGAUUCGCUUCGCGAGAAUCCCAAAUUCCUAGGCAUCCUUCAAGAGGUCUUCUCCGCGUAUGCACACGAGGACCCAGAAGCACAGUCCCAAGCACAGGUGAUGGUAUCCACGUCUGGAGCUAACCUGUACUCUGGCGGUGUGCUUACGGGUGGUAAUCGGCGGAAGAACAAACGUCGCGCUGAUAUGGGUGACUCCAGUGGCGGAGCCAGUGGCCAGGGCGGUGCUGGUUCUGCUGGCCGGGGCGGUUGGAUUCACGUCUCAGACAGUCGACGUCCUCCUGAUUUCGGGCGAAUUGCCUGGCCCGAGGACAUCUUCGGAAGUCUUGAAGUGGAUGCCGAUGGACACUUUGUCGGGGGCGAUGGAAGAUAUCAGUCUAGUGGCACUUACAGAACUGUGACCCGUGAUGGAAUUCUGGGAAUGAGCCCAUUCCUCAGAGCGAAACUAGUUAAAAGAUUGAAGGAACUUGACCAGCAAUAA